GGCGAGCAGGAGCAGAAACUAGAGCAGAACCGCAGCUCCGCCACGCAGGGGAGCAGCACCACGUCCCGGUCCCGGCCCGGUCUGCGGGACUGCUGCCCACGGACACCACUCACGCACGCGUGCGCGGGUGGGGGGGCAGAGCUCGGGUUAGCGGGCUAAGCUAGCGGUGCGGGGAGUGCGGGAGUGAGUGCGGGGCUGCAGCACGCUUGUUUGUCAACACCAGCGGACGGAAGUGCAGGACCGAGCUGGUCCCGACCAGGACCGACCAGGACCGACCAGCACCGAGCUGGUCCCGCGGGGCGGUGCGUGCUGGCGGGCAUGAAGUCUGGCCCCAGUCCGGGGGGGUGAGGGAGCUGGGCCGAGCCAGGACCGACCAGGACCGACCAGGACCGACCAGCCGGGGACCCGAGCUCCUGCAUGGGAGUCGCUCCUCCGCGGACCCGCGCCCAGCCGAGCACCAGAACCAGAACCAGAACCAGGACCAGAACCUGGACCACCGACAGUCGGAGGCCGACGGGCUUCUCCCUGCAUCUGGGAUGGUACCAUGUGACGGGGCGGCCCGAGAGCCAUAACCCCACGACCAGCACUCCAUCGUCUUGACUUUAAGCUGCUUGCCCACCACUGAUUUCAGCCACGGUGUCCACUCCUUCCCUCCGCUUUGCUCAGAGCCCUGAACAAGGCCACCACAGCCACCACAUGACUCCCCCACUGGAGCCCUAGAUUAAAUCAGUCUAAGCUGAAAAUGAGUGCAGUAGGGGAAAGCCCCCUGGACGCUGCCACGCCAGAGUCACGGAAGAGGAAGGUCUCACCAUGCGACACGUCGGGCCAAAGUCUGGAGAAGCGAAGACGGGAGCUGGAGUGUCGCUACAUCGAGGAGCUGGCUGAGCUGCUGUCAUCCAACAUGGGCGACAUCGCCGGCCUCAGUGUCAAACCUGACAAGUGCCACAUCCUCAAGAGUACCGUGGACCAAAUCCAGCAGAUCAAGCGACGUGAGCAGGAAAAAGCAGCUCUUCUUUCUCCAGAUGACGAAGUGCAAAAGAGUGACAUCUCUUCCAGUAGCCAGGGGCUGGUGGAGAAGGAGGCACUCGGGCCCGUGCUGUUGGAGGCCCUCGAUGGAUUUUUCUUUGUGGUCAACCGCGAGGGUCGCAUCGUCUUUGUUUCGGAGAAUGUGACGAGUUACCUCGGAUACACUCAGGAGGAGCUGAUGGCCUCCAGCGUCUACAGCAUCCUCCACGUUGGAGACCACAAUGAGUUUGUUCGGAAUCUGCUGCCAAAAAGCCUCGUAAAUGGCGCCCCAUGGCCGGAGGAACCUAGUCGCAGGAACAGCCACGCCUUUAACUGUCGCAUGCUGAAGAGGCCACCAGACGAGGCGGAUUCAGAGAACCUCGAGGCCAGACAGCAAUAUGAGAUCAUGCAGUGUUUCACCGUGUCCCAGCCACGGGCCAUUCAGGAGGAAGGAGAUGACCUGCCGAGUUGCCUGAUUUGUAUCGCCUGUCGGAUCCCGCGUGCUCAGCCCGUCAGCACCGAGUCUUUUGUGACGAAGCAGGACCCCACAGGGAAGAUCAUCUCCAUAGAAACGAGUGCUUUGCGAGCGACAGGCCGGCCUGGCUGGGAGGACCUGGUCAGGAGGUGCAUCUAUGCGUUCUUUCAGCCACAGGGGAAGGAGCCCUCCCACGCCAAGAAGCUGCUGCAUGAGGUGAUGACCCACGGCACCGCUAUCAGCCCGCUGUACCAUUUCACGUUAAGUGACAGCACUCCGCUCAGCGCUCAGACUCGCUGCAAGUUCUGCUGCCCCCCCAACCCGGAUGUACAGCCCUUCAUCGUGGCGAUUCACACUAUUGACAGGGAACACAACACUGCUAGCUCUCAGGAAAACACUAACCCCAGCCUUCCACUGACCCCCGGCAGUUUUGCUCCGACUCCCUCCCAAUCCCCAUCGCUUCCCCCUGGCAGCAACUCCAACCAAGGCGCAGGGCUUGCAACCUCAGGCCUUCCAACCAACAACAGCAAUGCCUCCUCCCUUGGACACAGCCCAGCGACGCCCACAGGCUACCUGACGCCCAGUCGGACUAAUUGCCCCCAGCAGGUCAGCAGCCCCUCUCCCCUCAGCAGCCCACACACAGCCACCCCUACCUCAUUUAUGUCCCCCAGGAUGCCCCGGGCCAGUCCCGGGCUCGGCGGAAGCCCUCGAGUUCCCGGGAAUCCCUUCUCUCCCUCCACGCCAGGCCUUCAUUCCCCAGCCGGGGCGGUGAGCAGCGGAGGCAGCCUCAGCAGGCAGCCGUCUGGUGGCGAUUGUAACAAUGGAGCAAACGGAGGAGCGUCAGGGUCGUACUCCCUGUCCUUACCCGGGCUUCAGAGACAAGCCAGUGCACCCACCGGCUCCACUGCGUGGCCACUAUCAGCAAAGCCAUCGGAUGGAGAGGAGGAAGGAGGAGAGUACUUUGCGAAAGCCCCUCUUCCUUCGGCCUCCCAGCUGUGCAGCCCCAGGCUCAACCAGCUCCUGGACGGCAGCGGGACGGGGGUGGAGCCCCCCAGCGGCCUCCACUGCACCUCAUCAUCUCAUCCUCCCAACCCCUCUCCUGCUCCUCAGUGCCCUGCCUCCCACAGCAGCCUGACGGAGCGGCAUAAGAUCCUCCACCGGCUGCUCCAGGACAGCAGCCCCAACGACGCGUCCUCCACCACCGAGGACGGACUAAACAAGAGCAAAGUCGAGAUCAAGAAGGAGCCGCCCGCUAGUCCGGCACUGAACACGGCUCCUCACAAGUCCGGCUCCAGAGAGCCACAGGACCACCAGUUACUUCGCUUUCUCCUGGACACGGAUGAAAAGGACUUGGGGGACCUGCCGCCCCCGUCAGCGUUGAGUCUCCAGACGGUCAGGGUGAAGGUGGAGAAGAGAGCCAGCGUGGACGGCCUGCCCUGUCCAGGGGCCGCCGGGGCAGCGGGAUGCGCGUCCAAGGCUGCCGGAGUUUCCAGCAGCUUGGCUUGCAUCAGCCCCAAGUCCAGUCCUAUAAGAGAGAACCGCCCAGACACCCACAAGGACAGCAGAGACCCCACGAUAUCUGCCGGCUCUGUUGACAUGGACCCCCUGAACCAGCUGAAGCCUGGCACCAGAGGCCCGUUUGGGGCCAAACAGGGUGCUGAGGAUCCGGUAAACCCGGGAGGGGUCGCCCAUCAGCAGUCUCCGGCCACUCAGCCCCCGGCACAGCUCCAGUCCCCGGUGCCUCAGCUCCAGUCCCCACUAUCCCAGCCCCAGGCCCUUCCCCACCUACAGUCUCCAUCACCCCAGCUCCACUCUCCUUCCCCCCAGCUCAAAAUCCAGUCCCCCACACAGCUCCAGCCCAGUGAGGCCAGCACUCCCCGCAAUGUAAAUGUGAAGAGAGAGCCCCCCGGCACUCCUAACAGAGGGCUCGGUGACGGCGGCCCACUCUCUGGUUGCAGUCUCCAGAGUCAAACAUCCUUUGAUUUUUGCAAUCCUGCCACUCCAUGCCAGCCCCAGGGCCAGGGAGACCCCUUCCAGACCUCCAAGGACAGCAGCCCAUUCCCGGAGGCGGACGCUGUCAACCCAUUUGGUUCGAGCACUGGUACACAAGACGGCAACCUAAUGAAGAUGGACGUGGGAGACUCUCAGUUCCAGCCUCUUGCUCUGUCAGACACGUUGUCGUUUGGUGGACUGGGAAACCCCUUACAGGCUUCCUUAGCAUCGCCGCAAGAGCAGCGUGUGCCGUGUACGCUGGACGAAGUGCUCGGCCCCCCGACCACGCCCGAGGGCAGAAGCGACGAGAACUCUCUGCUGGAGCAGCUCGUCACCUUCCUCAGCGGGACGGAUGAGAGCGAACUGGCCGAGCUGGACAAGGCCCUGGGCAUCGACAAACUGGUACAGGGUGGGUGCUUUGACCCUUUGCCACACAAUUUCCCAACCCAGCAACCCACUGCCACCCCGGUUUCCAUUGAUGCUAAACUCCCCACCUACUCUUCUCAAUUUACAUCAGCUCCGCAGGCUCCGUUCCUCCCAGAGCUGGCCACGGUGGGGCUGCCGGGUCAGGGCUUAGGAGCCCCUCGCGGGGCUUUCCCAGGGGGGACCGUGACAGUGGGCUUGAGGCCGGGGAUGACCAGAGCACCGGGGAUGGGCACCCAGCUCAGACUACAGCCCAACCAGCUGCGCCUACAACUGCAGCAGAGACUUCAAGGCCCCCAGCAGCUCCAGAACAGGCUGGCAACCCUGAGCCCGUUUCCUGGAGGGGUCCAGAACAUGAGCGUGGGUAUCCGUCAGGGGCUGCAACAGCCCCAGACGCCCCCACAGCAGCCGCCGCUGAAUGCCCAGAUGGUGGCCCAGCGUCAGAGGGAACUCUACAGUUUCCAGCACCGCCAGCGCCAGCUUUUCCAGCAAAAGGUCAUGCUGAUGAGACAGAACAUGGCAGGCACGCCCACCGGGGCGGCGGGGCCCCUCGGUAAUGCCAGGGUCCCAAAGGGCCCUCCCACCACAUCUCAACAGCAGUUCAACUUCCCACCAGGGUACACCCCCAUGACGGGAAACCCCCCUACCUCACCAAGUCACUUCAGCCCCCUGUCUGGGGGCCCUUUAGACAGCAAACUGUCAGUCCGAGUUCCCCUGAACAACCAGACGAUGGGGGGCGUGCAGGGCCAGUUCGACAGCAACAUAAACUCCUCAUUGCAGCAAGGACUGUUUCAACAGUUCGGAGGGUCUGCUGUGGUCCAACAAGAGCCACCGUUUCCUCCCGAGAUGAGCCCCACCAGUCCGUUGUUAUCACCUCAGAACUCCACCUCCCAGAGUCCUCUGCUCCAGCAGGCCCCACCCCCGGGCUACCAGUCACCAGACAUGAAGAGCUGGCAACAAACCGGCAUGGGCAGCCUGUUCAGUCAGCCGGGCCAGAGCGCGGGGCAGGUGUUCAGCCAGCAGGGCGUUUACAACAACAUGAGCAUCACCGUGUCCAUGGCCGGAGGCUCGGCUAGCGUGGGCUCGUUGCCUCCCAUGGGAGCGGCAGCUGGCAUGAGCAGCACUAACCUCAGCAACGUCAGUUCAGUGUGCAGCGACCAGCAGGUGCAGCAGGUUCAGGUGUUCGCGGACGUUCAGUGCACGGUGAACCUCGUGGGCAGCGACUCCUACCUGAACCAGAGCGCCAUCGGAGCCCCGGCCCCCCAGAAGGGCCCCGGCGCGCCGGGCUCCCAGAACAACCAGGCCCAGCAGAAGAGCCUCCUCCAGCAGCUCCUCACCGAGUGACCCCCCCCCUCCUCCACGCUGGCUUUCCUGCUCCCUCUAUCUCUCCACACCUCCGCCCCGCGGGUGGCUGCACCAGACCCAAUGCUGUCUCCGUCUCACCGAAUGAAUGAAAGGAUGGAUGUUCCGAGGGCCACAACGUAAGCUCAGAGAGGUGCGGCUGUCGCUGGAGCAGCCUGACCACUUCUUUGCGGGGGGGGGGGAUCCCGGGCUGCUUGUUUUAACGCCCAGUAUUUAAAGAAAAGUCAGAAGGAGCAGCAGUGUAUUUAAACCUGCCUGUCUAAUCUGUCUGACAACCUGUCUGUCUGCCUCAGCCUAUUAAAGGCAGUGUUGUCUUGCUGCUCAUUCCUCUGUGACCUACUUCCUGCUUCCUGACCCAAGAAAACAACUGCGACGUCAUUGUUGAUUUGCCAAGUUGUCGUAACUGUCAAAUCAGGGCCGACCACCCUUUUUUCUUUUUUUUUUUUCUUUCUUUUAACCCUCUUUUUUCCCCGAUCAGACGGUUUUCGUCACGCCGUUGCAGCAGUAUCUUGGGAGCAUAAGUUGCAGCUCACAGCUGAACUCAGCAUUCACGUGUGAGAGUAUCUCGCACUGUAACACCUCUGGCUUUUGUUUUGGGUUGUGUUUAUCCUUUAUUUUAUUUUUUUGUUCUCUACCUGUCUCUCAGCGAUGUGGGAAUGUUAAGAUUUCAGACCUCUGCGGCAUUGUGGGAUAGGAGCUCAGUAUCAGCUGGUUCUGUGACUGUUCCUCCCUAUCGGCUACAGUGCCUGGUGGAAGUGUGAGUUUUUCCCAAGCUCUGCUUCUUCUACUACAUGUUAUUCUAUUAAGUCUUCUGUUAAUUUUUUUUUUUGUUUGUUUGUUUGAAUUGUUUAAAAUUUUCUGCUCUCACCGUCAUCAUCAUCAUCGUCAUCAUCAUCUUCAUGAUAUUCAGAAGAAGCUUUGACAACAACCAGAACGGAUGCGUCGAUGGGUGGAUGGGAGACAGACGGGAUGCUGCUCAGUUUGGAACUUAGAUGUCUUCCUCCCUCCGGGAGGAGAUUUUAUUUUUUAUUUUUGUCAAAGUAUGAUAUAAAAAAAAAAAGACUUUUAUGAUUAUUUAACUGUCUGUCCAUCACAUUUUACCCUCACUUCAGCAGCUGUGAAUACAGAAUCCGAUGGGUUCUUUCUCUCUUUUUCUCUCUCGAGUAUCUUCAUGCGAUCUCUCAGCCUAUCAGUGUUGUUUGCCAUGUGCACCAUGCAGGUGGGUAGUAUUGUACAUUACAGAAGGAUAAAGACUUGGAGAUGAGCUUACUCUUCUCUUGUACCUGCUUUCCUUAAAAAAGAAAAAAAAAAGACAAAAAAAAAAGUGUAAUUAAUUGAUUACAGCAAAACUCUGUAUAGUAUCAUUUGAUCCAGGUUAGUUUCCUGUUUUUAAAACCAGUUCUAAUAAUGUGAGCUCUUGGUUUUUUGAGAUUAUUGGCAUAUUGUAAUAAGGCUACAUGUUGCAGUGGAGGAGGAAGUUAUUCCAGCUUCUGCAAUGUAAAAAGAAAUUUUAAGAGAUUUGGUAAUUAAAAGUUAGCUAGACCUCACUCCUUCUGGCGUCCCGGCCGCGCUGCAAGCAGCCACUCUGAAAAAAACAAAACAAAACGGUAUUUAUGGCUUUGAUUUGUCUUGUGGUUACCAGGGAACCAGUUGGCCAUCUUUUGUUGCUUUCUCCUCUUUUUUUUUUUUUUUUUUUUUUUUUUUAUUGUCUUAUUUUAUUUUAAACUCCAAUGUAUGGACAAUAAUUUUAAGCGGUUUUCAGACAGUACAUGUGUUUGUAACCAUUGCAUAUAAAAUGAUAACACCUAAAGCCAUGUUCUUUGCUGUGAUGGACGGAGCCACGUCAGUAUUGUGCCUGUAGUUGCAGCAAACGACAAACUUUCGGUUAUUGUUCCUAUAUAUGACAUUUAAGUAGAGGCUUUAGUAAUAGAAGUUCCUAACAAAGAUGUGAUGGAUGAUUAAUUUAAAAAUGUUGUGAAUUUGAAACUAAACAGGAAGGGUUGAGUCAGAGAAGAAAAAAAAAGAAAAGCGGACUUUCUUCGUUUCCUCCUCACCUUCUGCACACCUGUGUUGUUCGCGUUGAGGGUCACUUUCUGGGGCUCGGCCCGGCUCUCCCUCCGUCUCCGGUUUCCCGAUGAAGACUUCACUCCACUCACUGGCUACACACACACGUACAGUUCUCUGUUGACUACUGUUGCUCAGUCAGACACUGUCUCUCUCCGUCAUCACAGACCUCUUUUCAAGAAAGCAAACACUUCGUCAUGCUCAGAAACCCUGCCGGGACGUUGCCUCUUAAUAUUCUUUACAUGAGUAAAUUUACACAAAAUAUACUCAUGAUCUCUAAAUUGAGUGUGAGAUUUUUCUAAAUUAGCUGGAGGACGCCCCGUACUGCACCUUUAUCUUAACAGCGACUGAUUGGCCGUCCGUCAAUUGUUCCUCAUGGAGUUUCCUCCUGACGUAUCUGCCGUGUUCUCACGUCAGCACGAACUCGGAUGACCCGUGGCUCUUUCUGUCUCGUGGGAGAUGGCGGGGUAAACGCCUAAUUGAGUUUCAAACUACUUAACUCAUGCCGGCCGUUAGGUGGACAGGUCUGGCGCUGGUUCUGCUGAAGCAGGCUUCUCUGUGUGCUGCUUCCACAGAGACUCUUCCCCGUCUGCCACGGUGCCCAGAUGAUGGAGAGAUCAGUCAACAUUCCGCUCAGCCGCUCCUGCAGCGACGCCGUGGGCUCUGAGAAGCGCUUUCCCGCUCAGCCACAGUGUCUUACGUGUAUCGAUGUGCGUCGUGGAUGCAACCGGUGGCUCCCAAAUAGCAAGAGGGUUUAAACCGGAUUUAUAAAUGCAGGACAACCACGUGGAAAUAUUACCGCAGGCUUUUGCAUGCGCAGAGUGAGUUGUCUGAUGGUUUGGAACCAUGUUUUCACACUGUGAGCAGCUUGUUUUAUUGCUGUUUUGACGACGCUCUGCAUCAGUAUAGUCCCCUCCAGCCGGUCAUCUUGUGAUGGUAACGCAGGAGCUUCAUGCCUCCCUCGGCGUUUGAAACGGUUGUUUCUGAUCCAGGCUCGACUCUGAAGCUCUGAGAUCAAACAUCCGGGGAGGUUUUUCACCUCCGAUGUGAUCAUGCUGCGUCUGGCCCUGAUGAGAUACACGGUUGAUCUUCUAGCUUCUCUGGUUGUUGCCAAAAGCCUGAACUGUGCCACGUCCCUUUCGUUACAAAGUCACGUAAAAGCCUCCAGACACGCGCUUUUGGCUGUUGAAGUAAGCAUUCCUGAUAUCUGGAGCAGGAAGAAAAGCUUCUUACAGAAAAGGCUGGCAUCUGAGUUUGGCAUCAGAUCAGAAUAAGUUGCUUCUGCACUCGUCCAAGUCGGCUGAGAUAAACUGAGAUAACGCAACCGUUAAAUCCAACUUCAAAGCAGGACAAAAAGGUCCAACUAUUCCUUUAAACAGCAAUGUAAAGAUGAAUGAGAAGUCGACAUUUAUCCCAGUAAAAGGGUUGAAUCCAGAAAGGCCGGCGCAUCUGUCCCUGAUCAAACACUGACACAUGGCAGAAGAGUGCAGAAAACUUCCUGCUUGGAUUUUUUUUUUUUACCCGCGGCAUCGAACACCCGCUUCCUUUUACUUUACCGCAUGGACUUAUGUACGUCCUAUGUACAUGGUUUCCUGUACAACUCUGUUCAAAUGGAGAAGCUCAGCAGCAGCAACUGUCCGCUUAUCCUGCAACAACUACCGUUAAAAAAACCAACAAAACAUGCCAAAUACAUCCGCUGCAUACGUGAGAUGUUAUUAUGCAACAGCCAUUCAGUGGAAGCAAGAGUCCCUCCCUUAUCACUACAGUCAACUGGUACCAGGUUCACCUCUUUUAUAAUGUUUGUUUCAUGAUGUUAACAUAUUGUAAAUAACACAGAAAUGUGAAAAUGUAUUUGUUCAGAAUCAACGAAAAAGUAGUGCUCCGAAUUUGUGGUAAAUAACUACUCGCCUCUGUCAUGUUUUUAUUUUGAUUUGAUUUUUCUACUUUUUUAUUUUUCUGAUGACUUGUGUGUGUGCGUGCGUGCGUGUGUGUGUGUGCGUGUGUGUGUGUGUGUACGUGACUGUGAGCGCGCAUGUGACUAAUACUGUAUAUGUGGUGUUCUCUGAGAUGAAACCGAUGAAGAUGUCCUGUUUGAUUCUCCUCUCUGCCCUUUAGACCCUACACAGUACCUGUGGGUGUUUUCACGUAACUAUGCCAGAGAAUGAUUUAGCGACUGCUGAAUGUGAUUUUACUGAGAGAGAAGCAGUGUGGACUGGCUUUUUGUACGGGUUAAUUUAAAAAAAAAAAAGGAAAAAAAGAAAAAAAAAAGAAAGAAAGAGGCCAUAUUAUUUAAUUUUCUCUUGUCAGAGGUUUAAGCAGAUCGGAGAGAGUGGAGCCUUGGUUUUGUGGAGGAGUGUAGGUGAGCGGGGUGUUGUGUCCUCUUUCCUUUCCUCAUCUGUCCGACUGACGUCACCUUGUUUCGCAUCAGUCAGUAGUAAAUGACCAAAGCUUCAACACGUUUGAUGGAAAUCAUAUGCAAACCUCAUCGUCACUGGGGCGAGGCGUGAUGUAGCGCCCUCUGCUUCUCUCUGUCUCGCGCGGCGGCGUGCAUGCGCGUUCCAUCCCUCCCCACCCGACCCGUCUCGGCGUCUCAGCACUCUCCGUUUUCUCAGCGUGGCCUAUGAGCAACAAUCUCUGUGAUGUAUCCAAAGUUUGGUCGGUUUUUAGACUUUGCCAAUGAGGUCUUCUGAGCCUGAAGUGCUUAUCACUCGUUUACAGGAACAAGGAAAACAUUGCAACCGUUAGCUAUGCACCUUACUGAAACAAGCAUUUCCUCUCAUGCAUGCAGACGUUACACCGGAGCGACCGCAGGUCACUCAUUUGGAGAAAUUUAGAGUUACUUUACAACAACAAUGGAAAGAAAAAAAAGCCCCCGCAGUGGGAUUAUUCCUGCCGACGACCUCUAUCAGCUCUCAAUUUCAUUCUUGAACAAAAAAAAAAGACUAUUUCCCCCCCAUUUACCCGAUGAUUUAUACCAAACUUGAGGUGCCUCGUGUAUAUACAGUAUUUUAUGCAGUAAAGAUUGCUCCUUUACUGUUCAACAGUAAUGACCUUGUUAACCAGGGUUGGUUUUUGUUUUUUUGUUUCUUUUUUUAAAAGAAAAACUUUUUUUCACCUUUUUAAAGAAAAAAAAUAGUUUACUGUACAAAUGACUUUUUUACACACGUAGAAGAUUAAUCAGAUUAUCCCAGGAAUUUGCAAAUACAAUCUAAUUUUGCACUUUAUAACACAUCCAUUGGGAGUGAAAAGGCCAUCAAGACUCUUGUCUCAAUAUGUUCAGCUUCUGGGUUUUUGUCCCCUGAAUGUACCGAGAAAAUGUUCGAUAUUGUCAUUUAAUUCAAACGAAAUGAAUUGUUUGGCUUCUUCAUGGAGACUUUAGUAGAUACCCAUCAUCCAAAUGACUGCGAAAAAUUGUACACACUUUAGCUUCUUUGUAAUGUAAUAUGUAUGUGUGUGUGUGUGGUUGUGUGUGCGCGUGCGUGUGUGUGUCUUACACUGACCGAUCCUCAGUAUAAGUACUAUGCUAUUCUUCUUCAGGUGACAUCCCUCCCUCUUCUUUGCGCUGUCUUCUAGUACCAGAUGUCCCGUUAAAGACUUCCAGCUUGAACUCUGAACAUUCCUGCUCACAACCAUUUUAGCAACCGCAGACACUUUGCCCUCCAGCCGCCUGGCCUUUGCUUCCCCGUCACACAGUCGUCUUUCCUUUCUUUCUUCUCUUCUUAAACCCGAGGCGGUGUGCCGCUCUGUGUCCGUCUAGAGGCGUGCUCGUGUGAACCUUGACCUCUGCCGCCUGUCAGAGCCGUGGUGCGCCGGCCCGUUGGACGUCGUCUCUAGUGUUUAGUGGUGCACGGAUACCCGGCCCGGGUUGGCAGCGGGAGCAAGCGUCCAGAUAAAUCACGAGUCUCACAAACUUUUUCACGAAGCAAAAACCUUUUUUGAUCCGCCGCGGAUCCGCCGCGGUAUUCCUGCACCACUGAGACCCGUCGGCCUCUUCACGCCUCCGUCUCAUUCCUGGUCCUCGUGUUCAGAUCCAGAACCCGCUCCGUGCGACGUCCACCGCAGCAUCAGUUGUCAAGUUUUUAUAAGUGCUUCCUUACUGGGACUGAGGUUGGAUUUAGGUCAUGGAUUUUAAAAGAAGGCUUAGUAUUUACUCACCACUGGGUGUGUCCUUGUGUUUGAAUGUGUGUGUUUGGGUUGGUGUUUAACUGGAGAACUCAAGGAAAAAGACCAAGGUUCCACUUUCUCCCUUGUACAAAUUAAUAUAAAUAUACAAACACAUAUAUAUGUGUAUAUAUGUAUGCAUAUAUAUACAUAUACAUAUAUAUAUACAUAUAUAUAUAUAUAUAAUAUGAAUAUAUAUGAUGCAUUUUACUCAUUUUUGUCCAGUUUUGUAUAUUACACUCAUGUAAAGUUUGAUUUUAAAGAGGCAUCGGAGCAGCUAUUACAAGACAAUUUGAGUGGCAAUGUUAAUUGGGGAGAGUUUUAUGCAUGUUAUAUUUUCUUUGUUUUUUCUCUCUCUCUCUCUCUCGUCUCUUUUACAAACCCUUCAACCGCCCCUGUUCAGGUGUGUAACGUGAAUAUAAAGAAAUCUACCUUUUCUUUGGAAAGUUGUAGACAAUCAGUCUCAGGCCUGGUCCAGUCCCUGUGGGGAGUGAGAGCCCUGUAGGCUAACAGACAAAAACAAAGCUCUCUUUAUUGUCAUUUACUGGAAGUCUAAAUUCAGAGGUUUGCUCAUUCAUGUGUUUGUGGCUGCUCAAGUUUACACACAAAAACACACACUUCUCUACUACACUCAAAACACAAACACCUCGUGCAUUUGAUCCCUCUGCUUUCUUUCCAAGGUGAGGAUGCCAACCUUGAGGAAAUGAUGCUUUGACUAACAAAUCUAUAACAUCUAUGAAUGUGGGAAUGCAACACAUUGCAAUAAAAAACACCAUUUGAA